AAGUCGGCUACCAUUGAUCCAAUGAUUGAAUUAGACGUUAAUCCAGUUUGCCUCUCCUGUUUAUCCGUCUCAUCUUCCAGUGCAAACAUUCAUAACUGAUUUACUCCUGUGUUUUUCUUUGCUGGAUCAUGUUCUGAUUGAUUAGGCGAAUGGGGAUACGGAAUCGAUUGGAAACUCAACCGAAUAUCCUUAGAACGACUUCGUUUGGGGCUGUUUCGAGCUGAAGUGUCUUGAUACCGUGAUAGUGCCCGCUUGUCGUUAAGGUUUAUAUAGCAGUACCAAGCAGAUUAGUCCGAAUUUAUGGCGAUUAUGAAGAUAUUUUUAGCGUUUCUCCUCAUUAGUGUAGCAAGGUGCACAAUUGUGCAUCUCUUUGAAUGGAAAUUUGACGAUAUCGCAAGGGAAUGCACCUCAUUUUUAGCACCAUACGGAUACACUGCAGUUCAGGUUUCUCCAGUUAAUGAAUAUGCUGUUCUUGAAAACCGUCCGUGGUACGAGCGUUACCAACCUUUCUCGUACAAGAUCAUUUCAAGAUCUGGGAACGAGGAACAAUUCAAAAAUAUGGUGCGUACUUGCAGCGCCAACGGAAUAAAGAUUUAUGUUGAUGUAAUAAUAAAUCACAUGAGCGCAACACUUCCCGUAAACACGAAAGGAACAGGGGGUAGUGAUGCAGUUACAAGUAAAAAAAAUUAUCCAGCAGUGCCCUACACUUCGGACAACUUUCAUCCCACAUGCUCUAUUAAUAACUAUCAAAGCACCACACAAGUACGAAACUGUGAAAUUGUCGGCCUUCACGACCUCAAUCAAACCAUACCUUAUGUUAGGAACAAGAUAUUGCAGUAUAUGAACCAUCUAAUUGACUUAGGCGUCUCAGGCUUUAGAAUAGAUGCAGCAAAACACAUGUGGCCUUCGGAUCUUAAAGCUAUAUAUAAUAGCUUAAAAGAUCUCAACCAAAAUUUUGGCCAUCCACAAGGCUCUAAGCCAUUUAUAUAUCAAGAGGUCAUCGACGAAGGUACUGGAGCGGUAAAAUAUACAGAUUACAAAGACUUGGGACUCAUUACUGAGUUCAAAUACAGCGAUGAAUUAAGUAAAGCUUUUAAAGGAAAGAACAAAUUAAAGUGGCUUAGAAACUUUGGGGAACCUUGGAAUUUCAUGAACUCAAAGAGCGCCAUAGUUUUCGUUGACAAUCAUGACAACCAGAGAGGCAAUGCCAUUUUGAACUAUAAAUCUCCAAAGCUCUACAAGAUGGCCGUUGGCUUCAUGUUGAGCUGGCCUUAUGGUACAAAAAGAGUGAUGUCAAGCUUUGACUUCAAGCAGUUUAACGAUGGGCCGCCACACGAUGAAAACUUUGCUAUUAAAAAUGUCACCACCAACGCGGACCUGACAUGCAACAACGGCUGGAUUUGUGAGCACAGGUGGAGGCAGAUUUACUCCAUGGUGAAAUUUGAUAAAGUGACAAAUGGAACUCCUGUUACGGAUUUCCAGGAUAAUGGCGCCAAUCAAAUAUCAUUUUGUAGAGGAAAUAAAGGAUUUGUUGCAUUCAAUGGAGACAAUUUCAACAUGAAUAUUAGAAGAAAGGUUUGUUUGCCGAGUGGCACGUACUGCGAUGUGAUUUCUGGUCUCAAAGGUGAAAAUAAAUGCACAGGCAAGAUGGUAACGGUUGACAAAGACGGUUUAGCCGACAUCCAAAUCAAUUCAGACGAAGAGGAUGGACUUCUUGCUAUCCACACUGAGGCUAAACUUUCUACACAGAAUGUUCUGGUAUUUUAAUUACCUGUUGUAUAACAUAUAUUUUUACUACCUAAUUAUGUAAUUAGCCAUUAAUUU